GGGAAAUUUACCAUGCCACCUGCUGGAGAAUGCCACAAUGAUAAGACUAUCCCCUCUGUUUCACCAAAUUAUUCUCAGACCCUCUAUCGUCAGUCAUUGUUAAGUAAUGCAAUGAAAUGACGUUUUUACUCUUAUGAAUAAAACACUUAUAAGUUACCCAUUUUCAUUAUUUCAAAAAUAUCCCUCUUUAUUAUUCUACCAUUUCAUUAUCCUUAUUUUUCUCCUUCUCUCCGUACCGCGAAGGGUGAGUUGCAGCCGCUAGUUCCGUCGUCAGUGGCUAUGGACCACUUAUCAAUGGAGAAAGCUUAGGAAGACUGAGGAUAGGGUUCGAGAGCUCCAACCCAAGUGAGACUUCGUAAGCUAAUUGAAGCCGAAGAAUCUGCAAACUCAGCUGCUCCAUUGGUUGAUAGAGCAACUCCCGAUAACCUUACCCUCUCAAGGCUCAAGCUGAAUCCAAUCUGCUUAUUCUGUAUUCACAGGUUCACAAUCCAUAUAUAACCUCUUACCCUACUUACUUGAUUCUCGAGAUUCAAACAUCAGAAGCAACAACAAUAGCGAAGAACUGAAAAUGAGUUCGAAGAUCAGAGCUUGGAUUGUGGCUGCAAGCGUUGGGGCUGUCGAAGCAUUCAAGGAUCAAGGGUUUUGUAGAUGGAAUUACGCCUUGAGAUCCCUCCAUCAACACGCCAAGAACAAUUUCAGAUCUCUUUCUCAAGCUAAAAGACUUCCCUCUUCCUCUUCAUCAAUGGCGAUGACUAAGAAAUUGAUUCUCAGCGAUGAAAAGAUGGAUCAAUCCGAAGAAUCUCUCAGAAAAGUUAUGUACUUGAGCUGCUGGGGUCCCAAUUGAGAGCUCCAAAUCUUUAUAUUGCUCAAGACGCGUAUUACUCCCAAAAGACCAUACUUCAUUAGUUCCCAUAUCAUUUGUUUUUUUUUUAUUCCAUUUUUGCUGUGCUCGACUUCUAGAAUCAAUUCCAAGUCUAGUAAUC